GUGAGAGUUGGUUGUGCCCAGCGCUGUGGAUUAGCGCCUGGCCUGACUAGUCACUUUCAUGUUUAGUUUUAUUUCGGGGACAAUGAAAAAUAUAGUCACCUAUUGUAGUCAGAAAACUUUUAUUUGUUUAUGGACACUUUGAACAGUGUAUUGUUCAUUACAAUGGAAUUGAUGGGCAUUUUGGAACCAGGCUGUGCACCUAAAGAACUGAUGUGGUAUGCUUUUGAACCUGGUGGAACUGCUCCAAGUCCACGAGUUGGUCAGACAUGUAUGUAUUUACCUGCAGAUGAAGACAGUGGAAAAGGAAAAAUUGUUAUUGUUGGUGGAGCUAAUCCUGGAUGCUGCUUCUCUGAUGCUCACGUUCUAAAUCUAGAUACCUAUAAAUGGUAUGGCCUGAACUGGGAUGGUUUGUCACCACGUUAUGAACAUGCCAGCUUUAUCUCAACUGGAAAUCCAGGGAGCAUGUGGGUGUUUGGAGGAGCAACACAGGCAGAAAAUCAGAACAGUGUUCAAGUAAUAAACCUAGGUAGUCGUAUGUGGAAAAGUCCAAGGGUGGAAGGUUGUAUUCCUUCACCUCGAACCUUUCAUACAACAUCUGCUUCAAUUGGAGACAAACUCUUUGUUUUUGGAGGAGGGUAUAAAGGGGCAGAUCCUGUUGCUGAUAAAAACCUUUAUAUAUUUGAUGCUGCUAAUUUGACAUGGACAAUGCCUAACACAUCUGGUGUUCCACCAAAGCCACGUCAUGGUCACAUCAUGGUCGCUGUAGGAUCGAAGCUCUUUGUUCAUGCUGGGAUGGCAGGCAAAACCUUUUAUGAAGAUUUGUUUUGCAUUGACACAGAUACAAUGAAGUGGAAAGAACUGAAGGUAAAGGGAGAUGUGCCUCCUGCCUGUGCUGCCCACUCUGCACUAUCCUGGGAAAAACGUAUUUAUAUCUUUGGUGGAAUGACUGAAACUGGGGCUGUAAGUACAAUGCAUCGAUAUGACACAGGAAACUAUACCUGGACAAGGGUGCAGUUUGAUUCUCCAAGCCCUGCAGCACGAUUAGAUCAUUCAAUGUGUCUUUUCCCAUGGAAAAUAAGGAUGGACCUCUCAAAACCAGACUGUGAACCUGCUAAUGUUACAGAGAAGAUAGAGGAUGAUUUCUAUACUCCUAAUAAAGAUUACAAGUCAGAGAAAUGUGGCUACGUAACCCUUUGCCUAAUCUUUGGUGGCAUGGAUACCAACGGAGAACUGUAUAGUGACUGCAGUGUAACUGCUCUUACAAAAUAAUUUAAUGUAGGAUCGACUGGAGUUCCUUUUGGGUACAUUAGAUUUUUUUUGCCAAUAAAACACUAUAGAGAGUUAAUCUUA